GGAAAAUUCCAAUGAGCCACCGUGGAUUCCCAAACUUUUUAUCCCCUCAGCCACUUCUCUCUCUCUCAUCACUAUCGGAGCUCCUCAGAUAUUAAGAUGAGCGCAGACACGGUGGAUCAGUCGGACGCUUCGGCCGAGCACGCAGAUCCGAGAGGAAUCGACUUCAACCGACAUAUAAAGACAGAGGACAUCAACGACUCGGCUCACUCAGCCGCCGCACUGAAGACAUGUCACCUGACACAGAGCGCCGCGUUGCCUGGGGGUCAGAUGUCAGGGGAUCUCACUUCUCUCCACCCGAUGCAGCAGCUGGUCCUGAUGCCGACGUCUCACCUGCCCUCCACGCCCCCCUUCCUGAUCUCACAGAAUCACACCGGCCACCAAAGUCUUCUGCAGCAGAACAUGUUGUCCCUCCCUGGUCAGAGUCAGAGCGGACUCCUGCCUCACCAGCCGGGUCUGGCCCUCACCCCUCAGGCCAUGAGCCGCACGGGUCUGGGCGGGCCAACCAUGGAGAACCACAUGGACAUGUCGCACCUGCAGAUGCCCAAGCACAUGGCCGUGCCGCCGCAGGACGAGCCCAGCGACCUGGAGGAGCUGGAGCAGUUCGCCAAAGCCUUUAAACAGCGGCGCAUCAAGCUGGGCUUCACUCAGGGCGACGUGGGACUGGCCAUGGGGAAGCUGUACGGCAACGACUUCAGCCAGACCACCAUCUCUCGCUUCGAGGCUCUGAACCUCAGCUUCAAGAACAUGUGCAAGCUCAAACCUCUGCUGGAGAAGUGGCUCAGCGACGCAGAAAACUCGCCCUCCGACGGCAUGAGCAACCCCACGUCCCUGCCGCCGCUCAUGGAGGGCUACGGACGCAAGCGGAAAAAGAGAACCAGCAUCGAGACGAACAUCAAGCUGACCCUGGAGAAGCGCUUCCUGGAUAACCCGAAGCCCAACUCGGAGGAGAUCACGCUGAUCUCAGAGCAGCUCUCCAUGGAGAAGGAGGUGGUCCGGGUCUGGUUCUGCAACCGGCGUCAGAAGGAGAAGAGGAUCUACUGCCCGGUGACCAGUCUCCCGGUCAAGUCGCAGAGCUACAACUCCAGAAUGUUUGUCUCCUUCCAGGCGUCGGCGUCCAGGUCCUACAGCCCGCUGACCUCGGGUGGAGUUUCUUCCAACUCGUCUCCGAACAGCGUGAGCCGCGAGGCGUCUCCCAACGGCCUGUCGGCGGUGUCCGCUUCUCUAUCGUCUCAGAUGAACCCCGUGUCCUACAGCACGCCCGGGUCCUGGUACCGGUCCUGGAACCACGCAGCGUAUCACCACUGAGCCUCAGGGACUGAAGCCUUUGGAACUCUCCACAGCAGCGUCUGUCUGCUCGCACCUCCACCUGUCUGUACAGACUCUCGGCUGUUCUGUCAACACAGACGCUCCACUCUUCAGUUAAAGUAACUUCUAUUUAUUUUUGGGCUUUUGGAGAACGCACACCGCCGCCUGGUGGCCAGGUGGUGGAAGUAGUCGCUCGAGUUCCUGGAGGCCCAACACUUAAUCGCUUCACAAGUGCGUCGUCUUUAGUGCUGGAUCUUCACCUGGGGGUCCACGAAUGCACUUGUGCCUUUCACACAGCGACCAAAGCGUGUCAACAGUAAAAGAAAGCGAAAAGCUCUGCGGUUAGAAAUAGUUGAAAUCUCAGCAGAAACAAAGAAGUUGCUGGUCAGAGAAGCAAAACUCAGUUGGGACGUCUUUAGAACUGGACUGAACAAGAUUUGUUUUUCAUUCAAACGUUCAAAUCUGAUCUAAUCUGAUGAGAGAAAAAAGCUAUUUUUGGUUUUGUUUUAUCGUCGCAUUUGUUUAUAAUCUACAUCAAGAAACAAAAGAACGUCCGGAGUCAGGUGACGAAGCUCCGGUGACUAUUUUGAAGACAUUUUUUUUUACUUCCUCUAAGUAUGAAGGCAAUGUUUUUUUUUUUUUGUUUGUUUGUUUUUCUCUUCUGAAACGUAUUUAAUCGUGUAUAUACUGAAAUAUUUAAAACAGAAACGUUCUGGUCCUUAAAUACAAUCACGCGGAGCUUUGAAGGCAUUUUCCAAAUCUUUAAUAAAA